GCCUUUAUUUUCUCCGGCUCUUCAGUCUCGUCUUUACCUCCUGGGAGCUUCCUCCUCUGUCCCUUCCCUCACCUCACAAAUGGCCACUCCCGUUCUCGUUUUAUUCCUCUCCUCUCUCUCAUUACUCUUCCUUCCCUCCCACUCCAAGCUCUCCUUCGACUAUUACGCCAAGUCCUGCCCCCAAUUCGCCCACAUCAUCCAGGACACCGUUACCAACAAGCAGAUCACCAGCCCCACCACCGCCGGUGCCACCCUCCGCCUCUUCCUUCACGACUGCCUCCCCAACGGCUGCGACGCCUCCGUCCUCAUCUCCUCCACCUCCUUCAACAAAGCCGAGCGCGACGCCGACAUCAACCUCUCCCUCCCCGGCGACGGCUUUGAUGUCAUCGUUCGCGCCAAGACCGCUCUCGAGCUCGCCUGCCCCAACACGGUCUCCUGCGCCGACAUCCUCGCCGUUGCCACUCGCGACCUCGUCACCAUGCUCGGUGGCCCCUACUACAAUGUCUACCUCGGCCGCAGAGACGGUCGUGUUUCCAUGGCUUCCUCCGUUGAAGGCAAUCUCCCCAGACCGACCAUGCCGAUGUCGCAGAUCAUCCAGAUCUUCGCCUCCAGAGGAUUCUCCGUCCAGGAAAUGGUGGCUCUGAGCGGGGCCCACACCAUUGGAUUCUCCCACUGCAGCGAAAUCAGCAGAGAUAUCUACAAUUACAGCGCCUCCUCCCUUUACGAUCCUAACUACAACCCUCGAUUCGCGCAGGGGUUGCAGAGGGCGUGCGCUGAUUACAGGAAUAAUCCUACAUUAUCCGUGUUCAAUGAUAUAAUGACGCCCAAUAAGUUUGAUAAUAUGUAUUUCCAGAACCUCCCCAAGGGUUUGGGGGUUUUGAAAUCGGAUCACGGGUUGUACACCGACCCGACAACAAGGCCGUUCGUGGAGCAGUUCGCGGCGGACGAGAACAAGUUCCUUCAGGCGUUUGGACAAGCAAUGCAGAAACUGAGUCUCUUGGGAGUGCAGACCGGAAGGAGAGGAGAGAUCAGGCGAAGGUGUGAUCAGGUUAACUGAUCCAAGCCAUUGGUAUGCCGGGAUUGUAAUAUUUUUUUGGGUUCAAAAUUAAUUCUUCGUUGUGAGAAUCAGAUGGUGAUAAUUAUUAUCUCAAUACAUAUUUCUAUCUGUGAAGUUGGUAUUUUAAAGGGUUCAAUUAUAUACAUUGGAUACAUGUAGUUACUUAGUGUGAGCUA